UCAGGUUAGCUCAGUGUCGGUAGUGAUUUUCGAGCUUCGCAGCAGCGUAUCGUCGGUAAUGGCACGGAGAAAUCACUUCUCCGAGUUCCUUUAAUAUGCUCCCUGUUUUAGGGAUAAGGGUACCACCGGACCAGUCUCAAAAUGACCACCGGCUUCAGCUCCGGUUCCUGCCGGUUCGCAGAUUAUUUUGUGAUCUGCGGACUCGACACCGAAAGCGGGCUGGAACCCGACGAACUGUCCGCUUUAUGCCAGUAUAUAGAAGCUACUAAAUUCAGAGAUGGGGCCAGAGGAAAACUGGCAAGGGGAAAUGAAGGUGAGAAUUUUGAGCAGAGUCCACUGCGGAGAACCUUUAAAUCCAAAGUCCUAGCACAUUAUCCAGACAAUGUCGAGUGGAAUCCUUUUGACCAGGAUGCAGUGGGCAUGCUCUGUAUGCCAAAGGGUCUGGCGUUCAGGACGCAGAUGGACUCUCGGGAGCCUCAGUUCCACUCUUUUAUCAUCACCAGAGAGGAUGGCUCUCGGACCUAUGGCUUUGCCCUCACCUUCUUCGAGGAGGUGACCAGUAAGCAGAUCUGCAGUGCCAUGCAGACUCUUUACCACAUGCACAACGCAGAGCAGUAUGAUAUCUUGCACACUCCCACCUCCCCACAAGGACCCGAGGACCAGAGACGCCAACACACCCCUUCUCGUCCCAUGCUCCACGCCGCGCCCGCCAUCUCUCGUUUGCAGCGUUUUAACUCGUACGACAUAAGCCGCGACACGCUAUACGUGUCAAAGUGCAUCUGCCUGAUAACACCCAUGGCCUUCGCUCAGGCCUGCAGCAAAGUGCUGCAGCAGCUUCAUCAGGCCGUCUCUUCCCCACAACCCCCACCCCUUCCCCUAGAGAGCUACAUCUACAACAUCCUCUACGAGGUUCCCUUGCCACCUUCUGGGCGAUCCCUCAAGUUCUCAGGCGUCUACGGGCCUGUGGUGUGCCAGAGGCCAAGCACAUCAGAGCUGCCUCUCUUUGACUUUGCCAUCGGUGAAAUGUUUAACUUGCUGGGGGUGGAGAACGUUCUUCAGCUGUUCACGUGUGCCCUGCUAGAGAUGCAGAUACUGCUCUACUCACAGCAUUACCAGAGGCUGAUGACGGUGGCAGAGAGCAUCACAGCCUUAAUGUUCCCCUUCCAGUGGCAGCAUGUGUACGUUCCCAUCCUGCCCGCCUCCCUUCUCCAUUUCCUCGAUGCUCCUGUGCCGUAUCUAAUGGGCCUCCACUCCAAUGGGCAGGAUGACCGCACCAAGCUAGAGCUGCCACAGGAGGCAAACUUGUGUUUUGUGGACAUUGAUAAUCACUUCAUUGAACUGCCAGAGGAGUUGCCACAGUUUCCCAACAAACUCGAGUUCAUUCAGGAGAUCUCCGAGGUGCUCAUGUCCUUCGGCGUGUCUCCAGAGGGAAACGUUUACUCCAGCGACAGCCAGGCCAAGUACCGGGGCUUCCGAGCAGCUGAUAUGGUCUCUGACAAGCGUAACGGCAAUCUGGCCUCACCCCUCAACUCCUACCUGCUGAGAGAGAAUGAGACAAUUGCCAGACUGCAGGCUCUGGUCAAGCGGACAGGUGUCAGCUUAGACAAGCUGGAGGUCAGAGAGGAUGCCAGCAGCAACAAGGAUGGGCGUGUUCAGUGUGACGAGGAAGAGUUGAAAAUGCACCAGCUCAACAUCCAGGUGCGCGAGGUCUUCGCUAACCGAUUCACCCAGAUGUUUGCAGACUAUGAGGUGUUUGUCAUCCAGCCGAGUCAUGACAAAGAGUCCUGGUUCACCAAUCGAGACCAGAUGCAGAACUUUGACAAGGCCUCCUUCCUGUCUGACCAACCAGAACCCUACCUGCCCUUCCUGUCACGUUUCUUGGAGACGCAGAUGUUUGCGUCCUUCAUCGACAGUAAGAUCCUCUGUCACGAUGACGAGGAGAAGGAGCAUACGCUGAGGGUGUUUGAUGCUCGCGUGGAUAAGAUCCGCAUGCUGAACGUGCGCACGCCCACGCUGCGUACUUCUAUGUAUCAGAAGUGCACAAACAUCGAAGAAGCAGAGAAAGCCAUUGAGAUGAGAGUCUCAAAGAUCGACCACACUGCCCUGCACCCCCACCUGCUGGACAUGAAGAUCGGCCAGGGGCGCUACGAGCAGGGCUUCUUCCCCCGACUGCAGUCUGAUGUGCUCUCCACUGGACCCACCAGCAACAAAUGGGCCAAGAGGAGCGCUCCGGCUCAGUGGAGGAGGAGGGAUCGGCAGAAGCAGCACGCUGAGCACCUUUAUUUAGACAAUGACCAGAGAGAGCAUGUAGAGUGUUUGUUUCCGGAGCUCCAGCUCCUGCUGUUUCUUGACUACUACUGGCUCUCGCAGUCCUUCAAGCCCUGUCUAAAGUCGGUGACUGUGGACGUGAAAUACAUCCAGGAAGCCAGAAACUUGGGCACAACCAUCAGACAGCCUAAACUGUCCAACCUGUCACCGUCUGUCAUCGCUCAGACUAACUGGAAAUUUGUUGAAGGAUUGCUAAAGGAGUGCAGAAACAAGACCAAACGUAUGCUGGUAGAGAAGAUGGGGCGCGAGGCUGUGGAGUUGGGCCACGGAGAGGUCAGCAUCACCGGUGUUGAGGAAAACACCCUGAUUGCAAGUCUCUGUGACCUGCUGGAGAGAAUCUGGAGCCACGGGCUGCAGGUUAAACAGGGUAAAUCUGCCUUGUGGUCCCACCUGCUGCACUACCAGGACAGCAAAGAGAAGAAAAAUGCAACUCCAGGUAGUUUAGGGCCUCCAGGGUUCAUUCAUGACACCGAGAGACGUAAAUCUGACGGCGGCGGAUCGGUUAUGCCUCCCCUGAAAAUCUCCCUGAUCCAGGACAUGAGGCACAUUCAGAACAUAAGUGAGAUUAAGACAGAUGUGGGCAAGGCCCGAGCCUGGGUUCGCCUCUCUAUGGAGAAGAAGCUCCUUUCCAGACACCUGAAGCAGCUGCUUUCAGAUCACGAGCUUACAAAGAAGCUAUACAAGCGCUACGCCUUCCUGCGCUGUGACGAUGAGAAGGAGCAAUUUCUUUACCACCUCCUGUCCUUUAAUGCUGUGGAUUACUUCUGUUUCACCAACGUCUUCACAACCAUCAUGAUCCCCUACCACGUGGUGGUUGUUCCGAGUAAGAAGUUGGGUGGCUCCAUGUUCACAGCCAACCCUUGGGUGUGUGUUUCUGGUGAGCUGGCGGAGACCGGAGUCCUGCAGGUCCCCAGAAAUACUCUGGAGAUUACUUUUGAGUGCCAGAACCUGGGCAAACUCACCACAGUGCAGAUGGGUCAUGAUAACACAGGGCUCUAUGCGAAGUGGCUGGUGGAGUGUGUUGUGGUCCGCAACGAGAUCACGGGGCACACUUACAAGUUUCCGUGCGGCCGCUGGUUGGGGAAGGGCGUGGAUGACGGCAGCCUGGAGAGGAUCCUGGUGGGAGAGCUGAUGACCCCCAGCUCGGAGAACGAUGAACGGAUGUGCCGCACACCUCCCAUGCAGCAGUCCCCGGGAAUGAUGAGGAGAUUUGUUACCAUCUCGCCAAACAGCAAACCAAAGCUAAACACAGGUCAGAUCCAGGAGGGAGUGGGAGAGGCCAUCAAUGGGAUUGUAAAGCACUUCCACAAACCAGAGAAGGAGAGAGGCAGCCUGACCCUCCUGCUCUGUGGGGAGUACGGCCUCGUCUGGGCUCUGGAGCAAGUUUUCCAGCACGGUUUCAAAUCACCGCGACUCUUUAAAAAUGUCUUCAUCUGGGACUUUUUGGAAAAGGCACAAGUUUACUUUGAAAGUGCUGAGCAGCGUGAGGUGACCCCGGAUGAAAACUGGCAAACCAGAGUGCGCCACUUCUGCCGCUUCAUGCGCGCCAUCAACAACGCUCCCAGAAACAUCGGCAAGGACGGGAAGUUCCAAAUGCUCGUCUGUCUGGGUGCAAGGGACCAUUUGCUCCAUCACUGGAUCGCUCUGCUCGCAGAUUGUCCAAUCACUUCUCAGAUGUAUGAGGACACUGCACUGAUUAAGGACCGCUCGCUGGUAAACGCUCUGAUCAGAGUACUGCAGACUCUGCAGGAGUUCAACAUCACCCUGGAGGCUUCACUCGUCAAAGGUGUCGGCAUCUAAAGCCAAACCAGUUUCCCACCCACUGGACUUGACCAGGACGAUCACUGGGGACCACUAAAAAGAAUAACUGAACCUUUUAUAUGCAGGAACAGGCUUGAACAAAGGAGACUUUCUGGCUUAUAUUAAAGCUACUGUUAACAUUUGCCAUAUAUUAAGUGCAAUGAGCCUUUCCAGAUAUGUUGUUAUUUUUAUCCUUGACGAUGUUGCCAUUAGAUGUUUAAAAAUAUGUUUUCUAUUACGAACCAUGAUUUACACAUUAUUGACCUACUUGUGCUAUAAUGUUUUACUGAAAACUGAAUAUUUUCACCGUUAUCGUGAACUGCUGGCGACGGCUAUAUUUAAGGGAAAGCGGGGGAUCAAAACUGUUAAUAUAUUUUCAGAGGGGGAAAAAAACAGUAUUAUUUUGUUAAAUUGGUUAAGUUGCUUGCUCUGUUAUCAACUCCGAGUUCAAUGUCAUAACGCAGAGCUUAGAGCAAAUGAUGUGGAUGUAUGCUUUGUAAGUGUGUGUAUGACAGGGAAGUUUGUAGAGUUAGGUGAUUCACCACGUGGGCUGUUACAUUCAGGCCUUUCCCUGAUAGAAGUACAAGUAUGCAAAAUCUUUCACAAGGAGCACCUUCAGCAGAGAUGAAGAUCCCUGUUGUGUGUGUGUGUAUGUGUGGUUUUAAGCCUGUAUUCAGCGAUUAAGAAAAGUAACCCCAAAGUUCUCCAAGAGAUGCUCGACCCUGCUUUUUGUGCGACCUGGAUCACAACUACAACCUUCAUGCUAACACCUCCAACCAGCCCCUUUCUCCUGCCAUCAUUACAGCUCUUACACUACAUUUGCUGUCUUCUGCAAACAUAAAAAACUGUGAUUAUCUGAGUAGGCUUCCUGUGAUGGGAAUGAUCUCCUGCUUCCCAUGUGAGGAGCAAAAAGGACUGCUUCCCCCCCUCCCCGUCGUCUCCUGAUUUUUAUUUUUAUUCCUUCGUAUCAUGUUUUCUUGCUAUGCAAUAUCCACGAGAGAAAUUAAACUCCCUGUAAACUCCAUAUCAGGGCGUCUUGAGAUGGUCCCAGGCCCUCCUCCGUUAUAGACAUUUCACUUUACUGUGCAGAAUAAGAGACUUGGUAUGUGAUGGACUUCUUACCUGUGCCAACAACGUCUGGAAUGACUGUGUUGUACCCAUCUGUGUACGACCCGACACACAAGCAUCUUGGGAGAUAUAUAUUUUUGUUUUCCAAUACAGUUGUACAUUUAUUGAUAUAGCGGUGUAAUGUAGUGUUUACUAAGUGAGCAGCAGUGUACAGUGUAAAAAUAUAUUAAGAAUAAAGCAUCUGUAAUGCA